AUGGAUGGACAAGUGCUACUUGGUCACAAGUGCUAUAUCUUGGUCACAGGCGCUAUCUCGGCAGUACGGGAUUCCAUUCUGGAAGCUGGACCGGACCAUUCCUUUGAGGGUCUGCUGUGUGGUGCGCCAGACACCGGGAGCCGGAGCCGGAGUCGGAGCCAGACACCGCUGGAUCCGGAGCCGGAGCUAGACACCGCUGGAGCCAGACACCGCUGGAGCCGGAGCCAGACACUGCUGGAGCCGGAGCCGGAGCCAGACACCGCCGGAGCAGCUGUGACUAAAUUGCCACAGAAAGAAGCCAGCUGUGUGGUGAUUGACUCAGACUCUGACUCUCUCUAUGAGGAAAAGAGAUCUAAGAUCUGUGAAAUAAGCAGUGAAGAUGAGUCUUCUGACGAGUCUUCUUCUGAUGAGUCUUCUAACGUUAAGGGCUCCAGCGAUCAGAAGUCUCAAGUAAUUGUUAUCGAUGAUGAAGAUGACAGUCCCAAUUUAAAGGGUUCUGAGCAGAAAAAAGAUGUUUCUAGUGAUGAGUGCCAAAUGCCUGUUCUCGAAAAAGAAAUUGAUUGUGUUGUUCUUGGGGCUACUUCAUCUGCUGAUGUUUGUGAAAUAGGGGCCCCUGGAAAAAGUUCCAAACAACCACCACUGGAGCCUGAGCCCGAACCCGAGCGGGAGCCUGAGCUUGAGCCUGAGCUAGAGCGGGAUCCCGAGCGGGAGCCUGAGCCUGAGCCUGAGCCAGAGCAGGAUCCUGAGCCUGAGCCUGAGCCUGAGCCCGAGCCAGAGCGGGAUCCUGAGCCUGAGCCUGAGCCUGAACCCGAGCCCGAGCCUGAGCGGGAGCCAGAGCCAGAGGGGGAUAUCGAGCCAGAGGGGGAUAUCGAGCCAGAGGGGGAUCUCGAGCCAGAGGGGGCUCUCGAGCCAGAGGGGGAUCUCGAGCCAGAGGGGGAUCUCGAGCCAGAGGGAGAUCUCAAGCCAGAGCCAGAGGGGAAUAUCGAGCCAGAGGGGGAUAUCGAGCCAGAGCCAGAGGGAGAUCUCGAGCCAGAGCCAGAGGGAGAUCCCGAGCCGGAGCCCGAACCUGGGCCCGAGCCGGAGCCCGAACCUGGGCCCGAGCCGGAGCCCGAACCUGGGCCUGAGCCGGAGCCCGAGCCAGAGCCCGAGCCGGAGCCCGAACCUGGGCCUGAGCCGGAGCUCGAGCUGGAGCCUGAGCCCGAGCUGGAGCCAGAGCUCCAGCAAAGUGUUACAGCCCAAGAAUCCAAGGAGAGAAAGGCUGCCGCUCUGCUGGCGCAACAAAGGAGAAAGAAAAGAAAGAAUAGAUUUAUAUGCAUGGCUCCACCUAAAUCACGUAGGAAACGGCGUCGGGUAGUCUCACAGGAUGUGCCCAGCCUGCCAAGUGCCUCUGCAGAGUCUAGUCCCCCUGAUGAGCCCACAUCAUCAGACCAGGCUGCCAAAUGCAUGCCAUUAAAGAAACGUAGAGGCAAAAGGGCACGUACACAUGAGAAACGUAUGUGCAAAAUUCCUGGAUGUUUCUUGAAUAACAUUGAGAAGUUAAAAGAGUAUUCUGGAAGGAAUUUCAAGCACAAUAAGGAAGAACUGGCUCAGAAAAUCUACGCACUACUUAACCACACUGUCUUUGAUGGAAAGUUGCCAGAGAAAAUAGAAAUCAUUUGGAAUAAAAAGAUGCUACGGACUGCUGGUUUAUGCACUACCCAUGAGAUACAACAACCCAAGAGGCAGCGCUAUGCUAAGAUUUCAAUUUCUCCAAAAGUCUGCGACUCUGCAGAUCAAAUCCGGGACACCUUGAUCCAUGAACUAUGCCAUGCAGCCUCCUGGCUGCUUGAUGGCAUCCGGGAUUCUCAUGGUAUCUCAUGGCAAUAUUAUGCUAAAAAAUGCAAUUCAGUACACCCAGAACUGCCCAAGGUCACCCGUUGCCAUAACUACACAAUUCACUACAAGAUCUAUUAUGAAUGCAUGCUGUGCAAAUACAGGAUUGGCCGCUACACCAGAUCGCUGAACACUGAACGCUUCAUCUGUGCCAGAUGCAAAGGGCAUCUGGUCUUGCUGCCAUUGUUUCGCAAGGAUGGAACCCCCAUUGUGCCCUAUGUGAGACCAUUUGCCAAAUAUGUGCAGGAGAAUUAUAGAGCCGUGUUUAACGGCACGGCAGGAAUCAGCCAUGGGAAUGUGAUGAAAAGACUCAGCAAGGAUUAUUUUGCCAGUAAACAAAAGGCAAAUCCUUAAGGUUUGCCUGGAAUAUAGUUAUGUGAGCCAAAUCCUUUACUGGCAAGAAGUUCUAGAAAACUAU